UUGCUUCUCUUUCAUCUCAGGUACUUUUUUGCUUAUAAAGGUGUUACGGGACAGAAAUUAGAAAGGCGCAAGAAGUUAUGGUUGCAGUACCGAAACCACUGAUCUGAUAUAUAUAUAUAUAUGAAAAGCCAGAGGGGUUUGCUUCGGAGUAGGCUCUAACAAAAACCCUAAGUGAAGAAGGUGUGAAGGAAUAUAUGGGAAGAGGGAAGAUUGUGAUCCGAAGGAUUGAUGAUACAGCAAGCAGGCAAGUGACUUUCUCGAAAAGGAGAAAGGGAUUGAUGAAGAAAGCGAGAGAGUUAGCAAUCCUGUGUGAUGUAGAAGUUGGACUCGUUAUCUUCUCCAGCACUGGAAAGCUUCAUGAAUAUGCCAGUUCCAGCAUGAAAUCAGUGGUUGAGAGAUAUAACAGCUGCAAGGAGGAACAUGAACGACUGAUGAAUCCAGAAUCAGAGGUCAAGUUCUGGCAAAAGGAGGCAGAAACACUAAGGCAGCUGGUACAUAAUCUACAAGAAAACCAUAGGAAAUUAAUGGGAGAACAGCUUUAUGGUUUAAGUUUCAAGAACCUACAAGAUCUCGAGGAUCAACUAGAGAUAAGUCUCCGAGGUGUCCGCAUAAAAAAGGAACAAACUCUAGCAGAAGAAAUCCGAGAGCUGAGAAGAAAGGGAGACGCUGUGCAUCAGCAAAACGUCGAACUCUGUAAGAAGGUAAACCUCAUUCAACAAGAAAACAUGCAACUAUACAAUGAGCUUGACGUGUCAGGUUUAUGGCACAACAGAUGCGGCUGUAGGAAGCAGAAAUGAAUUCAUUUCAUAUGGCGCGCAUGCAGGACAAGAAUACCCACGAGCAAUGACCCGACUUCAGUUAUCGCAGCCUGAACAAGAAGCUCACGAGACAUCAGGCAGUGGCCCUGGAUGAAGGUCAUAUUAAUUAGUUACAUAUUUUAGCUCACCAUUGGUUAAAGAAAGAUGAUAUGUGACAUCAUAUUGCAGGAUAUAUAAUAACCACAAAGCAAGAAGUCACUUCGUUCAAUUGCCGCAAGCAUAUGGUUCGUCAAGAGAGAUCACUGAAGCAGAAGAAUCGGUACAGUCACGUUAACUAGUCAAAAUAAGAUGUGCAUGAAAGGGGCAUAUGUAAAAUAUUGGGCAGUAUCACAUGGACAUAAACUUUUCCCGCUUCUGUAACCAAUUGCUUUUUUAGCGAUAAUUUUCUAUCUACCAAGGUCUGAGAGUUAUAUA